AGUUUCCGGUGGUUCAUUUCUGGUCAAAAUCCACGCGGACUCUCCACAUACAACAUUUAACUGUUUAUGGAGGGUCAUUUAACGUUAUUGUAUAUCCCCGCUUGGACAUAUAUAAAUACAUAGUUUUCGUUUCUGUUCGGACUUUUGUGACCAUGGUCGCCGAGGAAAUGUGAGAGGGCUGGAUUGUAGUGCAACAUGGCUCGUCGAAGUAGCACUGCAAUCUCCCGCACUGCUCCGAUGCUGGCAAUUUGCCUUGCAGCUUUACUCCUCAGCAACAUCUUGAUCUACCUGUAUUUGGACUCUGUGUACCAGUCCGAUGGCCAACAGGUGACCGUGCAUGUCGGCUGCGCGGCUCAACACUUUAAAAUGACAACAAUGAAGAACUGUACCCCCUGGCUCCAAUGUUCCCUGAUAGAAACAGAAGUUUACAAGUUGAAGCUCAUUGGCCAAGGAGCAGUAAAAAAGGUCUAUUUAGCAGAAUGGAAGGGUCAAAAGGUGGCUCUGUCCAAACUGUCCUCUAUGGAUUACUCUGAGGAUUUUCUCCAUGGAUUGUCUAUGUUAAAAGCACUGCAAGGUCCCUGGGUGGUCCAGUUGGUGGGGUUUUGCCUUAAAGACUAUACCUUGGUCACAGAAUACCAUCCACUGGGUUCACUGCUCAAUUUGGAAGUUGUUCUUGCACAGAAACACCACAAACAUCGUAACACUUGGAGGACACGGCUGAUGCUGGCGAAAGACUACGUCUCUAUCCUCCAUUACCUCCACAACAGCCCAAGUGGCGGGCGGGUGAUGUGUGACUCCAAUACGCUGGAGAAAACUUUGUCUCAGUUUCUGCUCACAAAUGACUUUCACCUGGUGGUGAAUGACCUCGAUGCAUUGCCUGAGGUAAACCUAUCCAAUGGUUUGUUGGUCAAAUGUGGCCACAGGGAGCUCAUCGGUGACUUUGUAGCCCCUGAGCAGUUGUGGCCAUUUAGAAACACCGGGGAACCUUUUUCAGAUGAUGUUAUGCAUAAAUAUGAUGAAAAGACAGAUAUUUGGAAGAUCCCAGAUGUGACACAGUUCUUGAUAGGAAAAGUGCCUGGGGGAGACUUGAUCCACUUCCAUCUUUUUCAGAUCCAUAAGGAGUGUAAGGCAAAAGAUCCUAAACUCCGCCCUUCAGCCCUGAAUGUAUUGAUGGUCUACAAGUCAGUUUUCAGCAGCAUGGUCCAAGACAAUGUUGGGUUUAGAGACAUGCUUUAAAAUUAAACACAAUUUUUUAAAUAAAAUCAAUAAUGAAACAUAGAUGUUUUUAUGUGAAGUAGAAUACAGAAUGAAGUAGAAUACAACAUUUUUACAAAUUUUGUUUUUUGAAACACCAACAUAAGAUGGUCAUCAUGACAAUGUCAUUGGAAUAUACUAUUUUUUUAAGUGUGGCAAUACAUUUUUUUUUUUUUUUUAAUACAUUUGGUGAAGGUUUGCAUUUAGGUUUCUGAAAUGUACAUACACCCUCUUAAUCUAUUCCAUUAGUCACAACUGGAAAUUACAAAUGUACAGAGUGUAUAAUAACACUAUUGACUGUUUCUUCGGCACAAUGACAGUAAAUGUGUAAAAUGUUGUAGUUUUAUCCAUCCAUCCAUUUUCUACCGCUUAUCCCUUGUGCUAAAACUAGCACAUGAAAUAUAACCUACACAAAAUCUACUUCAACAUUAUUAUACAGUUUAUUUAUAUCGGUGGCGUGUGUUCAUGUCAUUUACAGUAAAAUUUCAUACAUUAGUGAGAGGUAGAGGCAGAUGUUUAAUUUAUAACCUCUGCCUUGUUUUAAUGAAAAUGUAGGCCUACUAUGCAACUGUACUUUAAUGUUGGUCAUUAUAGUGGUACUUGGAGAGCCAAGUUUUUUCUGAGGUGGUACUUGGUUAAAACCGUUCGAGAACCACUGUUCAUGGCUGCAUUAGACCGCUUUGUGUGUUUCAAAAGUAGACACAGGCGCAGGAAAAACAAGGACUGGAUAUUCACUGUGUUCUUGACAUAAACAAGUGGAAUGGAUUGGAUGAAGUGA